GCUAAAUUCUCUGUUUUUCAUCGAGAGAGAACAAAAACAUCAGAGUUCGCUUUUGUAGGAGCAUAUUAUCAACUGUUCAUCCCUCUUUUUUUUCUUGCAGCGACCCCCUAACCAUCACUCUCCUUCUCUCUAUCCCUCUCUCUUUCGCUCUCGAGCUUUUUGCAGGGUGACAUCAGUGUGUGUAUAUAUAUAUACACACACAUCUAGCCCCGUCAGUAUUGUGUAUCGUAUGGUUCUCAAAAGAAUCGUCAAACCAGGUCUUUCCUACAAUGGCGGAAACGAACAACUCAGAAUCUGCAAGCAACAGCGUCUCACUCAAAGCUUCGCCGUCCACCCCCUCUUCUUCCAACUCUUCCAAAAUACCUAAUCCCCAAUCCCCAGAGCAGGGAGCACCAAAAAGACCCAGAUACUGUAGCAAACACCCGGUCUACCGGGGCGUCCGAAUGCGGAGCUGGGGCAAGUGGGUGUCCGAAAUCCGCGAGCCCCGCAAGAAAUCCCGUAUUUGGCUCGGCACGUUUGCCACCCCUGAAAUGGCCGCACGAGCGCACGACGUAGCUGCCCUGAGCAUCAAAGGUAACUCGGCUGUGUUGAACUUUCCCCAUCUUUCUCAUGACCUGCCUCGACCGCUAUCAUCGAGACCGGAAGACAUUCAGGCCGCCGCAACUAAAGCCGCAGCCAUGGUCCAGUUUGAUUCAGAGUGCUCCUCGUCAUUGUCAUCGUCAUCGUCGUCGUCAGAGAGUUCAGAAUCCGAGGAGCUGAGUGAGAUUGUGGAGUUGCCGAAUAUAGAAGGGAGUUUUGACUCUACCGAGUCACGUACAGACUUCAUACUGGUUGACUCGGUUGAUGGGUGGGUGUAUGAUCCGGCGUUGGGGCUAGAGGGAGCUGAACUUUGUUGGGAUUUCUGUGAUCAGAUUCUGGCGUUGGAGAGUUUGGUUCCGGACAACUUCGAAGGUCUGGUGUGCGAUUAAUGGCUAAUUAAGUUGGUGUGGUGUGGUGUGCCUUUCAUUUUGUUUUUCUUUUUUACAAAUUAUUAGCUACUUUUCUUAACUCGAUCAUCACGUCGAUUGUAAUAUAUAAUAAAUCCACACAUUUAAAAGAAUUAUUUAUCUUCUUC